AUGAAGUCCGCGGAGGCACCCUGCGAGGUAUGGAUUCAUUUGCCGACGGACCUCGUAUGGCUGUCUCCGUCUGCUUCAGAGGAUGUGCCGAGUCAGGAUCAGCUGCUGGAUGGUGUUGUGGAAAUUGAGUGCCCCACAGAUCGCAUGCUGCACGGCAUCGAGAUCCGGCUGUUGGGGCUCCAGACGAUCGGCUACCCGGUCAUUGCCGAAGAGAAGCUCCAUACUGAAAAAGCCAAAACGCUCCGAUGGGAAGAGGCGGUGGUGCUGGACCGGACCAUCACCAUCGAGACGAAUUCACAGGCCGCCCACCGCCCUGUGCCGACGAGCGUAGACGCGACUCAAGAGCAGGGCCUUUAUCUCACCAAGGGCGUGCACGACUUUGAGUUUCACCUGAUUCUACCUGCGUGGGUGGCACCCUAUGAGCGGUGCAGGUAUGGGCGGACAAAGUAUACGAUCACAGCCACGGUGCGGGGUGCCGGCAAGAACGGGCGGGAUGUGAGUGUGUCGCGCGACCUGGUACCGGUGCAGCAGCAGACGCCUGAGAAUGGACCGCUUUCCUUUGAGCUUAUCUUCAAUGAUACCCACGAAUCGCUGCACGACAUGACAAUCACGCUCACAGGCGUAUCGCUUACGGUGGCGGGUGUGCUGCACUUGUCUCUCGUGCACCCAGCGCCGCCACCGACGCUCAACGUGCUCAUGGUGCGUGUCUUUGUGGAGCAGACGUACGAGCUGUACUACCCGAGCACCGAUACGUGGGAGGUCAUGCCCGUGGAAAAGCUCAAGGUGUGGGAGCUGGGCGUGCCGCCGCCCCGCACGCGCGAGACAAACAACGCGUCGUACUGGGAGCUGGGCCUCUGGACGGCUGAGGGCGUCCAGCGCGGCACGCGCGUGGGCAAGGCUGCGCGAAGUGCGAUGAGCGUCGUGCGGCCGCUGGCCGGUGACGUCGCGUCCAUGCCGGGCUACCGCAUCAAGACGGCCGUGCGCUUGCCGGACCACGCCCGGCUGCGGCCCUCGACCAUGCAGGGCACGCGCACGCGCCUGCGACUCUCACAUGCCAUUGGCGUCGAAGUCCUGUUUUCCCGCCUCGAUCUCCUCGAGGACCGGCCACAGAACGAGAUGGCGGGUCUGCCGCGCUCGCAAGUGUUUUCCAUGACGAAGACCGUGUCGAUUCCGACGUGCGAGUGCACGCACGACGCGAUCCACCUCCCUCCGUACACGGAGGCGUCGCCAGUCACAUCGGCGCCCGCGACGCCCCGCACGUCGCGCGCGCCGACGCUGCCGCUGCCGAGAUCCGACGCGCCGCUGGCCUCGCAGCCCGAGUGGAACAAGCUGCUGCACUCGCUGCAGUCACUGUCGUCGCAGCGGUCGCGCCGUCGGCUGGUCAAGACGCCGCCUCCGAGCCUGGACGUGCCACAGAGGCACUCGAUCGACAGGGCGGGCUCGGGGUCGAACACGCCCGUGAUACCCGUGCACCGACCGAACGAUGCGAUCCUGGCGCAGCGCAGCCAGAGCCAGCCGUCGCACCUACCGCGAAAUCUGCCGGUAGGCACGCCUUGGGCAGUGACCAACAUGCCGCCGCGCUCAGGCGAGAGCCACGCGUGCAACUGUACGCAGUCGAUGGCGCAGCUGCUGCAGCUGGACGAGCGCCUCGUGGAGGGGGCGCCGACCGCGCCGGGUGCCGCCGCCGCCGUGGACGCCGUCGUCGCGGCCGACGUCGCCGACGCACGAGUGGUACUCGCGCGCGCGCGGCAUCCACAGGGGCCUGAAGAAUGA